CACGCUGCUAGUCCUGUGUGAGAGGUUGCCAUCCGACCAGAGAGCUAGAGAUGUGCACACAAACCGCAGGCUAAACAGAUAACACGGUUUUUCUUCUUCUUUUAAUCUUCCGCGACUUUUAAAGAGGCAAGUUCUUGUUUUUACCUCCACUACGACGCAUCGACAGGAGUUUUAAUUGAAUUUGAAGCGACUGUUUCUGCUUUUUAAGACCGACUGCCACUAGCCAAACCCUCCGUAUGUUGCAGCUCUUCCUCAUGUGAACCCAUAAUUGGAGACCUCACUGUUGUGCUCGCGCUCUCGUCCGGAGCAGUGAAUGAUGCAGCACGAGCGCCUGCUCAAAGUUUUGGUCAUCGGCGACCUCGGAGUCGGUAAAACGUCCAUCAUAAAGCGCUACGUGCACCAGGUGUUCUCCCAGCAUUACCGAGCCACCAUCGGGGUCGACUUCGCCCUCAAAGUGCUCAACUGGGAUCACAAGACGGUGGUGAGGCUGCAGCUGUGGGACAUCGCCGGUCAGGAACGUUACGGGAACAUGACCCGCGUUUACUACAGAGAGGCGGUGGGGGCUCUGGUCGUCUUCGACAUGACACGGCUGUCCACGUUUCAGGCCAUCCUCAAGUGGAAAGGAGACCUGGACUCAAAGGUUGCCCUCAGUAAUGGAAGGUCGGUCCCAGCUGUUCUUUUGGCCAACAAGUGUGACCAGCGGCGUCACGGUUUGUGCCCGAAGCUGCCCAAACUGGAAAACUUCUCCAGAGAGUACGGAUUUGUCGGCUGGUACGAAACCUCUGCAAAGGACAACACCAACAUUGAUGCCGCCAUCACCUGCCUGGUCAAAAACAUCAUGUCUGUAGAGGAGGAGAGAGAAUCGAAAGAUGCCUCCGCCCCUGGCGCCACCAGAACUGAGGCUGAAGGCAAUGUUCUGGUUCUGCCGCGGUUCGAGUACAACACGAGGGAGAAAGGACUCAGCGGCUGUUCAGGCUGCUCAUCACAUAAACACAGAGACGGAGACGUGUGAGAUGAGGACAAACGUGUCUGAACUUAGAGAGUGGAUGACGAUGAAGCAGCAAUGUCGGAUCAGUCUGUCGUCCUCAUUAAUAUCUUUCUUUAGAGAAAUUGCUGGAACGUAGAGAAAGUUUAAUCUAAAACAAGAUUUGAAGUUGUUUUGUUUUCUUUGCAAGGGUUUUUAUGAAGCAUUAAUUAUAAAAUCUGUCUUUUUGAAACCACAAUCAUGUCUGAAUCGAUUGCCUAGUUAAAAAACUUUUGAAAGAAGUUGGCACAAAAAGUAAAAUGUAUCUGAAAGCAAGGUGCCUUCUUUUAAUUAAGAUAGAACAUUUUGUCACAGCAGAGCAGACACAACCAGACAGACGAGUGUCCUGUUGUAUUAUGCAUAAAACUGAACCCAGUCUUUGCUUGUGAACAAAUUUCAAAAGCUACUUGUUAAAUUAUUUUCCAUUCAUAAAACUGUACUUUUAA